UGUUUAUGGCAUCAAAUAAGGAAAAUCUUUUGUUGUUGUUGAGUGAAAAGACAGCAAAAAGAAAAAAUGGUAGGACCAAAUCGCCCAUUGUUUGUCCUAUUUGGAUCUUCAAUAGUGCAAUUAAGCUACUACUUUCAUGGUUGGGGUGCAACCCUUGCAACUCUCUACUCUCGCAAGGCCGAUAUAAUGUUGCGUGGAUAUGCUGGUUGGAACUCAAGGAUGGCUCUUAAAAUUUACGAGAGAGUUUUCCCGAAGGAUGCAGAAAUUCAGCCUUCUCUUGUCAUACUUUAUUUUGGUGGGAAUGAUUCAGCAGAUCCUGAAUUUCCUAACAGCAGUCAUGUCCCUCUUGAUGAAUAUGUUGAAAACAUGAGGAAGAUUGCACUUCAUAUCAAGGGCCUUUCAGAAAAUACUCGUCUAAUUAUGCUAAGCGCUCCCCCAGUGAACGAGGAGCAAGUUGUUAAACAUUACUGGGAUGGAAUGCAUUUAACAAAAGAAGGAAGUGACAUUUUGGUGAAUAAAAUCUUGGAUGUAAUCAAAGAGGCAAAGUGGGAGCCAAGCCUAGAUUGGAACAAAAUGCCUGAUGAGUUUGCUGAUAUUGGUUCUGACUUGCACUUUGAGAUGCUCAAGGAGAGUAUAAAUAAAACUGUAGGGGGGUACUAAUUAUUCCCUUGAUCCUAAACUCCAAGAGCUUAUUUUGGAUGCAUAAUAAAUUAAAAAUAUGCAAGAAUAAUAAGACUAAGUACUACUAGUCAAUUUCCCAUUUUCCUGUUUGAUGUGUCCUAAUAAACUCUUUUGCAGAAAGAGUAAUAAAAGUUCCUAGGAAGGUUUUGCCUUUUCCUAGGAAGGGUUUGCUUUCUUUGUAGAAUAAUGUAUCUGGGUGUGCUAUGUAAUAAUGUACUGUGGUAAGUAUUCGAAUGGAAUAAUUAUGAUACUGUAUUUCUCUA